GACAAAGUUACAAGAAAUACUUCGUGUCAUGAAAAUUGUUUGAAUUAAUGAUGUAAUACUUAUAGAAUCAUCCAAUUUAACUAUUUUCCAGUUGGAACAAAGUUGAACAUGGGAGCCAAUGCCUCUCAGUUAGAGAAAGAAAUAGGAUCUGAACAGUUUCCAAUUAAUGAACAUUAUUUCGGUCUUGUAAAUUUUGGUAAUACAUGUUAUUGUAACUCUGUUUUACAAGCCUUGUAUUUCUGUCGCUCGUUCAGAGAAAAGGUUUUACAAUACAAACAACUACAGAAAAACCAAAAGAAAGAAACCCUGCUGACUUGCCUAGCUGAUCUAUUCUUUAGCAUAGCUACACAGAAGAAAAAAGUGGGAACAAUAGCACCUAAGAAAUUUAUCACUAGACUAAGGAAAGAAAAUGAGCAGUUUGAUAAUUUUAUGCAACAGGAUGCUCAUGAAUUUUUGAAUUAUUUAUUAAAUACAGUAGCUGAUUUAUUACAAGCUGAUAAACAGGGAAGUAAACCGAAGAAUAGUUCUGGAGAUUCUAAAGGGAAACCUGAUCCAACCUGGGUACAUGAUAUUUUUCAAGGUACAUUAACUAAUGAAACAAGAUGUUUAAAUUGUGAAACAGUAAGCAGUAAAGAUGAAGAUUUCUUAGAUCUAUCUGUUGAUGUAGAACAGAAUACAUCUAUAACACAUUGUUUACGGGGGUUCAGUAAUACAGAAACAUUGUGUGCUGAACAUAAAUAUUACUGUGAAGUCUGUUGCAGUAAACAAGAAGCUCAAAAACGAAUGAGAGUAAAGAAAUUACCACAAAUCUUGGCUUUACAUUUAAAAAGGUUUAAAUAUAUGGAACAGUUAAAUAGAUAUAUUAAAGUGUCAUAUAGAGUUGUUUUUCCUUUAGAGCUACGUUUGUUUAAUACAUCUGAUGAUGCCUGUAAUCCAGAAAGAAUGUAUGAUUUAAUGGCAGUAGUAGUUCACUGUGGUAGUGGACCUAAUCGUGGUCAUUAUAUUAGUAUUGUUAAAAGUCAUGGUUUCUGGCUGCUAUUCGAUGAUGAUAUUGUAGAUAAAAUAGAAGCCAGUCAAAUAGAAGAAUUUUAUGGAAUUCCGUCAGACAUGCAGAAGAAUUCAGAAUCUGGUUAUAUCUUAUUUUAUCAAAGUAGAGAGUAA